AUGUCUACAACCCCAACCUGGGACGCUGAUAUUCAAGAUCCUUCAGACUGUGUUUAUUUGCGCUGCAUCAUCAUGUCCGACAUCUCUAUACGCGAGGGAGACCUGAAGGGUCUGAAGGGCAAACGCGUUGUUGUGACGGGCGGUAGCUCGGGUAUCGGUCUCGGAUUCGCAAACCUGGUAUCGUCCUUGGGUGGCCUGGUCGUCAACGGAGAUCUUCGAGCUCCCCAGGAAGCGUUGCCCGGCGUCACUUUUUUCGCGACAGACACCACAUCUUGGUCGUCUCUUAUCAAUCUUUUCGAGUUUGCGAACAACACAAUGGGAGGAAUUGACAUGAUCGCAGCAAAUGCCGGUGUCAGCACGUGCGAGGACUAUCUAUCCGGAGAGCUGGACGGAAAGGGCAAGCUCAAAGAGCCUACACAUGACAAUUUGCGAGUCAACCUCAUCAGCUGCAUCAAUUCUGUCAUCUUAGGUGUACAUCACCUGCGACAGCAGGGAGAGGGUGGCGCCAUUGUCAUCACUGCCUCCGCGUCAAGUUUUCAAAGAUUCAUUGCAACGGAUUACGCCGUCGGAAAACAUGGUAUUCUAGGAUUCAUGCGCUCACUUGCGGAUCGUCUAGAUCAGUCCGAGCAAAUACACAUAGGCGCAGUUGCGGCAAUCUGGACAUCGACGGGGAUGCUGAGUGAUCAGGUCGCUCAAUGUGUUCCAACACAAGAUGCGAGAACCGUUGCUCUCUCCAUCGCCUGGCUGGCUUUGCAUGCGGAGACGCACGGCCAGGUCAUUUACUCUGCGAGCGGCUCGUACCGCGAAAUCGAGCUUCCCAUCCAAAGCUACACCAGGAAGCUACUGGGAGUCGAGAAGUCGGAAGGCGAGCUUGCGAUUGAGCUAUCUAAACGGGGCGCGCUGGAGUAG